GGAAGCGGGAAAUUGAAGCGCAGCCGGCGGGUCGCUCGGCUCGGAACUGCUAUCUGCCUUGAGAUGGAGGAAGCAGCGUGUGAUAAAUUGACGUCUUUGUGCCAUACACCAAAGGAUUCUGGGACAGCAGCUCCACAGAGGACUAGUUCAGGAAAACAGCCAAUGAGUGCAACUCUAAGGGAACGAUUAAGGAAAACAAGACGUUCAUUUAAUGCUAAUUUUACAGUGGCAAAGCGGCUCAAGGUAGAUACUGAAGAAAAAGACUGUGCAGAUGUUGACAGUGGGUGUCUGCCAAAGAUAGGCAUGGAUUGUUCCACAUUACAAGAUGGUUCUGAAUGCCUGGAAAGAAACUGCAUUGUAAAUACUUAUUUCAAAAGUCCGUUACAGGAAAACAAUCUCUGCGAAUCAGCAGAGAACGUAGUAAGGGUUGAUGUUAGUCAGCAGCAGUCCCUAGAAGAAAAAGUAAGGCUGGUGAAACAAGUGAAAGAUAAGGAGGAGCUACUUCGAAGGCUCAAACUGGUCAAGAUGUACCGAUCUAAGAACAACCUGUCUGAACUGCAGGCUUUGAUAGUAAAAUGGAGAAGCAGUACCCAGCUGAUGCUGUAUGAGCUGCAGUCUGCCUUUUCUGCAGAUGGCAAGAAAGUGAGUCUCAGUCAGCUGAUAGAUACUUUUGGAUUGGAAGACCACUUACUGCACUACAGUAGAACAGAAGAAGAUUUUGUGGACACGUAACCUACUGGUGCAAAGCUUUCAAUUACAUGCAUCAGCAAAAAAGACUGAAUGGACUGAUAAAAUCCAUUGUCUGAUCAACACUUAGUUUGUUUUGGUGAGAGUUUCUCAUCAGAGCUUGUGAAACUGCAUACUUAAACAUGGUAGGCUGUAAAAACCAUUACUUUAUAGUGAAAACUGAAUUUAUGCAGACUGUUUUGGAAAACUGGCUAGAGAGCUUGGUUAGUGAUUAUUUUAAAUAAAAUGAAAUCAAGUAAUACUUUAAUCAAACAGCUAUCUGCCUUGUACCUGUUAGUCUUCAUGGUUUUAAGACAGAAUGCAAGUUCAAAUCAACUGUCACUUCUGUUGGUGUUUAGAUGGGGAGGAUUCAGUUCUUUGCUCAUAGAUACAUCCUCAUCUUCCAUACUUAUUCCUGCUGCCAGUUAAUGACAUCAUUUUGCAAGUCAGGUAAAGAUAAUUUUUGUGUUAAUAUUCUGGAACUGCAAUUAGCAAUAAUUAAAGCUAUUAAGAACAUCUAAGGGAAGUAUCUCAUAAUGGCACUGACCCUCAUCCAGACAGUUGUUUUUAGAGGAACUCUGACAGCUUUUGGUAACAGAAAAAAAAAAUGUAACUGCCAUCUGUCUACUGUACUGGCUCAUUUGAGAGCUGAGGCAUUCUCUCUCCAAGGUUCUUCAAUUACAGCAUCAUUUACCUUUCUGCAGUAACACUAAAGAAAACUCCAGCAUUUCAUUCCUUCUCCAAUAAACACUGUCUUCUCAAAAUGUUUUACUCUUAUUAUUUCAACUUGAAAUUGCUUAUUUUCUCACUUCUAUGUAUGUAUUGUGGUGGUUUGUCUGCUUUUGUUUUCCUUCUUUUAUCCACUGUAACAGUAUAUAGAUCUGUACUUGAUCUACCAUGCUUCCUGCUGUAAAUAUUUUUAACUACAACCCCAUUCCUUAUUUGCUGUAGUUUAACUGCUUUCUUUAUAUGUGGCAAUUACUCAUUAAUAAGGAAGUAAUUUUGUUCGUACCCCAAGGGAAGUGGAAAGAAAAACACAGAUGAAAUAGUUUGUUUUAAUGUUGUUAGGGCUCAUUAAAUUGAAGUUUGUAGCCACAGUUUACUUUGAGGAAUACUGAGUGGCAUUGCCCACUGGGAAUUAAUGAAGAACAACAUUUAUUACUGAUCACAUUUUAGGUAUUAAUAAUUCAUUUCUUCUGCCUCUUUAACUUACUGAAACAAGAUGAUGGGACUUCCUUUUGGGGGCAGUUCUUUUUCCUAAGACCUUUAGCGAGUUUGGAAUUCUGUUGUUUCUAAGGAAGUUUCAGCAAGAAGCAAAAAAGCAUGCAGGAAGAAUGGAGAUGUAUUUGGAAUCCUUUAAAAUCCUCUGAGGCGAUUAAGCAGAAGUGUUUGUAAUGCAGUCACAACAGAAGUACAUUUCAUUACAGGUAUAGGAUUUUGCUGAAUCAAGAUAUCAAAGCUAUUAAUACUGUCAGAGGAAUAAUUUUAGAUUUUAUGGGAAUUUAUUAAAGGUAGAGAGAAACUGACAUGAAGCAUGGAAAAGGGAAGCAAGUGGCAGACGCAGAUUUACUGCUUUCUUGCAGUACUUCACAAUAUCCUACAACUGCAUUCUAAGAAAGUAGAAUAGGUGUAUUCCUAUAAUUCCUACAAGAUAAUCUUUCAGUUAUUUUCUGUAAUAAGCUAUAUGGUUUAUAUAAUCAAAAGAGCAGAAAUGCAUCACAAAAGAAAAAAAAUGUAGGUAAGACAAGGUACAAAAUGCAUGAAACAAACAUGUAUCCUUCAAAGUGAUGUUAUUUGAGAAGAAACAGAAGAACAGGAGAUGGUACCAGAAAAAAAUAUUUGCUGAAAGACAAGUGCAGAGACAAAAGGUAGAUUUCCAAAUUCAUAUUCUUGUAUAUCUACCAGGAUUGGGAUUUUUAAAGAAUAGGGAAUGUUUUCGAUCUUAAUCUUUCAGCUUCUGCUUGAAGAAUUCCAAGGUGUUUUUCCUGUUCCUCUAUGAGACCUCGCAGAUGUUUCUGCUUCAAAAUCUCCUGGUAACGCCGCUUUGCAUUCCUUUCAAAAAUAUGCUGCAUGUCUGCAUAAAACAAUAUAUGAGUCAGCCUAUACAUAAAGUGGAUGCAUAGUCUACAAAUGUACUGGACUUGCUCAAGGGUCAUUCCAAUUUCUGUAUAAAAGCAGCACACAUUUUUCAAAAAGGCUCACAGUUGGGUUUAAUGGUCUUUAUAGUAGUGAAUAAAGCAAAAAAAGUUUAAAAGGCACUGGCUGCACUUCCUUUAUUUUUUAACAAAUACCCAAUGCUGUGAAAUUAAUCAUUUGACAUUUGGAAGAACUAUAUAGCUUUCCUAAUAAGGGAUAUCCUUCUUAGUUCCUCUGUUCCUUUAAGUAUGUGAAAAGAAGUGUGUUGGACAGUCUUACAAAUAAAGGUCUGUUGUAUAAUGAAGAUAUUAAUGGCUGUAAUAUUUUGACUUUCAAUAAUUAAAUCAACUUUGGUUACAACAGUAUCCAUCUGCAGGAAUGUUCUUACGUAAACAAUGUUAAGAUUGUCGUGGUAGAAGUACUGCUAAUUAUGCAUGUGAAAUAGUAAAUAAACAUUCCUUGCCUUUUAGGAUGCUGACGGAGAACAGGACUGUCUAA